GGUGCGCCAAAGAUUGAAAAUGAUCCAUACAUGGCUUCUCUGCUGCAUGAUUUAUUAGCCGUUGAUUGAAGAACUUUUGUAAGUUCUACUUUCACCAUCAAGUUUAAAAAUACUAUUGCUUAAUGAACACUCAGAUAAGUAUAUAGCUGCAGUUUUCUCUACAAUUCAGCCUAGAAUUUGCCAGUGUUCACUUUUUAACAUAUUUAUGUAAAAGUAGAAUUGGUUAAUUUUAUUUCAAGGAAGAUGUAAGAUGUACAGUUACUAUUACUAAAUUUGUUGUACCUUUUGCUUACUUAACAUUUGAUAUAUUCCAAGUGUGUUUCUGAGAAAACAACUAGAAAAUAAUAAGAUCAAUACAUACUACCUUCUUGCACACAGUUAUGCUGGUUUUCAGGUGGUUCGCUGCCUGCAAUUUCGGUAGCAAAUCAGACCUCUACACCUGUCCCAUAAGUUACAUGUUCAUCUUUCGCUUUGGCUUCGAACUUCAGGAUAUGCAAAAGAAGCUUCAGCAGCAGAACAGAGGUCUUAGCAAGGCUGAACAGAUGCUGAUUGGUCUUUUCAACAGAAAAAGGUUGGAAAUCUUGCUUGAAAAGAAUAAGAUUUUACGUUUCCAUUGCAUGGGAAACUCUUGCCAUGCUUAUGACUAUUUAAAGCAUAUGAUCAUUAUUCCAGGGGCUAUGUUGCAUCAGAGUUCAUAGGCGAUUUAUGGUUAUGAU